UUAAAUUCAGUACGGGGUCUUUGCCGGUUUGUGCACGGGAGCCGCACCCUGCUCAAAGCGGUCGGAAAAAAAUUUACGAACACGCUCGAGGGUUCUCGUGCACUCGCCGGGUAUCGAAGUGCGGUGGAUGCUGAAGUGUGGUUUGUGAGGUUUGUUGGACAAACGUAGUGGACAUUCUUCCAUGCUGCUCAACGAACUGCUGUGACGGCACGCUGGGACACCAUUCGCCCCACGGCAAGCCUGGGACACCCGGCGAAUUGUUUCAGCGUUAGGCCUAUUAUUAGAGGGAAGUUGCUCUCGGAAGGUUGAGGAGCCUAAGCUAACAAAAUGAAUGAAGUGGAGAGUCUACGUCAAGAAGCAGAGACAUUAAAGAACACAAUACGAGAUGCACGGAAAGCUGCAUGUGAUACCACCUUGGUGCAAGCAACGGCCAACAUGGAACCAGUGGGCCGCAUCCAGAUGCGGACGCGGCGUACGCUACGGGGACAUUUGGCCAAGAUCUACGCAAUGCAUUGGGGUUCAGACUCCCGCUACCUGGUGUCGGCGUCUCAAGAUGGCAAGCUGAUUGUGUGGGAUGCAUACACAACCAACAAGGUGCAUGCAAUCCCACUCAGAUCAAGCUGGGUGAUGACGUGUGCAUAUGCUCCCUCCGGGAGCUAUGUGGCUUGCGGGGGUCUGGACAACAUCUGCUCCAUCUACAGUUUGAAGACACGUGAAGGCAAUGUGCGUGUCAGCCGAGAGCUGCCCGGCCACACAGGCUACCUGUCAUGCUGCCGCUUUGUGGACGACUCACAAAUUGUCACCAGUUCUGGGGACAUGACCUGUGCACUUUGGGACAUAGAGACGGGCCAGCAGUGUACGUCAUUCACGGGACACACUGGCGACGUCAUGUCACUCUCCCUGUCACCGGACAUGCGGACAUUUGUCUCCGGGGCCUGUGAUGCCUCCGCCAAGUUAUGGGAUGUCCGUGAUGGCAUGUGCAAGCAGACAUUUCCAGGGCAUGAAUCUGACAUCAAUGCAGUGACGUUCUUCCCGAACGGCUAUGCAUUUGCGACGGGGUCGGACGACGCGACCUGCCGCCUGUUUGAUAUCCGGGCAGACCAGGAGCUGGCCAUGUACUCGCAUGACAACAUCAUCUGCGGCAUCACCUCGGUGGCCUUCUCCAAGUCGGGCCGCUUGCUCUUGGCCGGCUAUGACGACUUCAACUGCAACGUUUGGGACUCUAUGAAGGCUGAGCGUGCAGGUGUCUUGGCUGGUCAUGACAACCGCGUGAGCUGCCUGGGCGUCACCGAAGACGGUAUGGCAGUGGCCACUGGCUCCUGGGACAGUUUCCUCAAGAUAUGGAACUAGGGUGAAGACAGCAGCAGCAGCACCAAGGGAUGGGAGACGACGACGAUGAAAGGGGAAGAGAAAGAAGACUGGAUCACCCCUCCUCCCUCCCCCAGCCCUCCACUUGAUUCUUUCCUGGCUCUGUUUUUACGGAUGCUGCUCUUCCUUCUCCUUCACCCACUCACACCUCUAUGGCUCCAGGUGUACUACUCCAGUUUUGGUUUUCUUUCUCUCCCUCUGCGCCCAACUCUUGCUGCACACUUUCCCCCUCGGGCGCCUUCUCUUUGGUCGGUGCAGAAACUUAGUCGACUGGUCGGGCUCUCCUCCCACAGACAACUGGAAGCUGUUCUCUGGGCAACGUUUGCUGCCUUUGCGCACCCACCUGGCGUGAGAAUUUCCAUACCACCGCUUUUUCCCACCACUUACAUACACACAGAGACUGAGGGAAUGCUGGUAGGCAGUGAGUGGAGAGUGGAGGGAGGUGUAAUGGCUCUUUCAUUUACCAGCCAGUGUAAUUAUACUUCUUUCGUGGUGGGGAGAGUAGGAUGGGGGGAGAGAGUCGUGUGCUGCUUCGUGUUGCACUGGACCAAGAAGCUCUUCUACUAUUUCUUCCUUUCCAUGUACAACUGCACUCCGUGCAUCUUCUUUUUCUCAAAACAAUUUCCGCUCCCCCUCCGUCUCUACUCUCGUCACCUUUCUUUCCAUCGGAACGUCGAAGUGGUGACUCUUCCAGUUAGGUCUGGCAUUUCUGCGUGAGCAUUGGUGGACAGUUUUCACUUCACCCUAAGGCUUCCCCCUCCUGCCUGAAACAUGUCUUUUUUUUUUCUUUUUUAAAGAAAAAAAAAAAGAGAGAUGCCUUCUCUUCUUUCUCCUGCCCCUGACUGGUGGGGAGUGGUUACUUGGAACUCUGGCCAUCUUGGUUUCUCUCUUUCUUGGUCCUUGUGAUGCCAUCCUUCCUGGACGCAUCUGGGAGUGGGCCAAGGCCUCCCCCCCUCCAUUUUUGAAUUGUGCGCAUGCGAAACGAAUGUAUGUGUGUGCGUGCAAUGUAUGAAUGAACAGCGUCAAUGGAACAAAAUAUGCUGCUGCGUGUGAGUGGUGUGAAUGUGUUCUGCGUCGUGGGGUACUAGGCUCUAGACUCCGAGUCGACUAAGCGAAUCGCAAUGUCUGAUCAGCCUCCCAGAACCCCUGCGGCUGUUUUAUUACCGAGUACAGUAGUGCUUGCUGACACGGAGAGAUCAUUCUCUUCCGUAGUUUUUCGAGAAUGUGGAUGGAAGGAUAGAGCGAGUUUGGGAUUUUUUUUCCCCCCUUCUUGUUGGGCACGCCAGUUUUUGUCAAGUCUCUAGUCACAGGUGUGUGAGCAUCUGUCUCGUGCGUGCUCAAGCACAGAGAAACGCAGGGUUUCGUGUGGAACCCCUGUCUGCAUACUUUUCUUUCUCUCCCCCCCCCCCCCCCCCCCCCCUCUGCCUUCCACCCCCAACCCUCAACACCUUGACUUUGGUGGAAGUUGCGAGUUUUUACACUAUUCCCUGUUCAGUUUAUCUUAAAUUGUUUUUGUCCACAAUUGAUUACUCGGCUUAAAUUUGUUCUUAUUUGGUGCCUUCGUUUGGAGCUUCUCUGGGGGGCUGCCGGAAGUUCAAAUGCAGCCAGUUUGCGUUACAAAAGAGCUGCCAGUGUGAAAAGUCUGGUAGGAAGACUGAAAAAAAGAAUAUAUAUACAUAUAUAUAUAUAUGUGUGCGAAGGCAUUGUUGACUUUGCGUUGUCAUUGCUGAGUCUUCCUCGUUUGUUUUUUUUUAGCCUCCAAAGCGAUUGUUCUUGAAGGCAUUUGUUUCCUUCCACAUUGUACAUAGCUUUGUAUAAACAUUUGAUUGGGUGCUGAGCCUCCUCUUCUGUUGGGCAUGCCCUGCACCUUGAAAUAGAUGGCUUGGAUCUGUGUUGUUUGUUCUGUUUGUUGUUUAGACUGGACAGGUAAAUUGAGGUUGUCAGCCAACCCCUGGCAAGAGACAGUGGUCUUUCCCAGAAAGCGUGUCGAUGUACGAUAGGUUGGGCUGGCAGGUGUUUUUUUCUUCAUUCUGUCUACUAAGCAGUCUCUUGCUGCAUCUUAUUGCCUGCUUCAUUUUUUUUCUCCUGCCUCCAACAUUUCUGUGCGCUCAUCUGUACAGUGUGUGCUGCGUGACUGGUGUGUGAGGUGAGGCUCACAGACGGCCUACGCUUAGAAGCUGUGACAGCUGUGUGUACUCUCGAAUCUUUUUCAAGCCUGCGUGCCGGGGUGCUGUCUUCUGCCUUUUUCUAGGUCAUCACUUUUUCGCAGCACCUGGGCAUGUCGCGCGCUGCCUUUUUCCCCUCGGCGACCCGGUUUUUCCCCUUUUUCUCUGGCCCUUUCAGCCUGCUCCCCUUUUCCCAAGACGCACACAACACACACACACACACACCCUUGCGCUGAGCUUUCAUCAGACCCCCCCAAGCCAAGCUUUCUACCUGUCACACCCCACCUAUACUGCUGUCUCCUGUGGCUCCCUCCCAAGCACCACUACCACCUUUCUCUGAAACUUCAGUUUUUACUUCUCUACGCCCAUCACGGCGACAAACAACUGGACAAAAAUUGUGUGGUGAUGCCGUGAACGUGCGCGCAUGUGUGUGUGCAGACUUGUGCGAUGACCGCUGCCGUUUGCAUCUGAACUGUCGUGCAGUUUUUACAUCGUGCUUCGACUCUGUUUUAGUCUUCUCUCUCUCUGGCCCUCCCGUUAUUUUUUCGAUUGCUUUCAUUUCGGUUCGUCUUGCAGAGGGGAUGCCAGUGCGUGCGUUGUCCUCUGCGCUUAGGGUAGUAGUCUCGCGCGUCGCCAGCCUGGCACGUGUCGGUCCUUUGGCAACGAGGGUGUGUGUUUUCGCGGCCCAGUAUGUUGCCACAGGCACAUGCAACUGUUCUGUAUGUGCCUGCGCACAGCCUGAACCAGACCAGCUUUUACUCGGGCAUCCACUGUGCACGGGAUGCACAGAGUGCAGCAGGGCGUGCCAAGCCAAGCAAGCAGGCUUUCUAAAUGCACACACGCACCUGCUUUGUGCGUAUGAAACUGCCUCAUGACUCGUUUCUCUCACUCUCUCUGGCCUGCUUUUCCUUCCUCCUUUUCUUUUUUUUUUUUGUGUGUGUGUUCUUCCUCUCAUACCUGUCAGUGAUAGAUUCUUGGUUGUUGCACUGUGAGCUGGACAUUGGAGUUGAAAAGUUUGUGCACUGCCUCUCGUGCUUCUCUUCUCGGGCACCUAGGGCUCGUCUGCUCUCUGCCAUGCCACCAUUGCUGGCGGGCCGGCAUUAUCUGGAAAAAGUUGGGAUCAGCGGACACGAUUUGGCACUGAGGCAUUCCCUGCAUGCGUUUGUGGUGGUGGUGGGAGGGACAGUGUUUGGGCACGAGCCCCAGCUCAUUCACUGCGCCCAGAUCACCAACCCUUCAUUUAUGGCCGUCAAAAAAGCUCGACACUGUACAAAUCACGGUCUGUGUCGUUUAUGCUGUGGUGUCUGCCCAUCCUCCGGCACUGCCUGCCUGCCCCAAGGGCGUCACGUCAGAGUGCAGAUGGGGCCGUGUGGCUUCCUGCCUGCCCCGCUGUUUGCCACUGGUGCCCGAGAGGGAGACUGGACUGUGAGAUGGGUGUACAGCGCUCAUGCUGCUGGUGUUAAAGCUGCGCCUUUAUUAUUUGUGUUUGCUCCUCUUCACAUUAACACUAUUUAACGUUCUCUGCCCUGUAUAUUUUUAUUUUUUAUAUUUUUUUUUUCCUGUUUUGUGCUAUCAAAGGAGUAUUAUUAUACAUGCCGUGAGUGGGGGGAACACAAAAGUCAUAGGGAAGAGGGUUUAGUGCCCACCCUCCCCCCAAGGGAGCUACUGUUUUAAACAAAGCGCAGCGGCAGUCUUCUCCAGACGAGGAUUUUGAGAAAACGAGAACCUAUACAUAUAUUAUAAAUAUGUAUACUUGCAGACACUUCUGCGUCGUCGCUCGUAUAUAUAUAUAAAUACACACUAUAUAUAUAUAUUAUAUAUAUAUACAAAUACAUGCCACACACACACACGCAGACAACUAUAGGACAUUGCCGGGGAGGCGGUCGGGUCCACCCCGUCAUUCCCGCCUCCUGGGCGCCACAACUGCCAUACUUUGAGAGACGACGACAGUGCUGACACGCUGGUUGUUCUUUUUUUUUCACCGCGUGGUUGCGAAAGGAGGAGGAGACCGGCACAUCAUCCUGCAAGAUAGACAUUGGCACUCCUCCCUCACUGCGGUUUGUAGGAGACAUGCGCGUGCGACGGAGGCUGCAGGGGAGCUGUCAGUUUUUCAAGUUGGAUCGGACGAAAUAGUCAAAGUUCUGACCAGGUUAGGGGGUACAACACGGAAAAGACAAAAGUACGGCUGUUGCCGGCCGCAUUAAUUUUUUUCCCUUUUCUAGCGCUAGCCGACAACUUGUUCUUCCGUCGUGCCUCAAUGCUGGACCUUGUGGGAGCGAACAUAUGUGCGCACGGAAAUAUUGUUUGUACAUGCGAGCAGGGAAUUCACAAGCAGCGGCUGAUAAAGCUCGGUGCCACACUUAGGUCGUUCCGUGGCUCUUCUUUUCCACGUUUUUAGUCCAACAGCGGGGUGCCAAUUUCAGUUUUGUAUCCUUUGGUUGCAUGUCUUUUUUUCCCCGUAACUUAGCCUUUGCCGCACACGAGCGCUGGGAAUGUAUAAAGAGCGAACAAAUUGCCCCCCUGACUUUGUAUAGAUAUAUGCAUACAAGCGGUUAUGUAUCUUCGUAUGUCUGUGCGCGUACAAUGAAGUGGAUAACUGGGGAGACCAAGCAAGUGAUUGAAAAAAAAGAGAGACUCCGGUCAUUGCCGAAGUCUCUCGUGCUCGCUCCCCCGCGGAGCCAUUUCUUUGCGUACGGAGUGCGGUGGAACUGCUCUCUGCUGCCUUCGUUGACCUGGUAACGAAGCGACACGUUGCUAUGGUAACUGAGCGCUCGUGUAAACUCCGCCAGCAGCGCCACUUAGGGAGCGGUGCUGUCCCUUUUGUGGUGCAGGUGCACCACGGAUUUGUUUUUAAAAGUCCGCGUGGGCGUGCUUUUUCUCUUCGAAGGACUUUUUGUCGGAUCUUACUGUUGCUCGCAAGUGCAAGUGCUCCGAACACGGUUGCCUUUGCAAAGGCACCGUUGAGGAAACAGGGCGAGCGCUUGAUGCCCCCAAAGGUAGUCGAGUCUUCUCGACCUUCCCUAUACAGACGAUUUCACCUUCCCGCCGCGCCGUCGCGAUUUUGUGCACAAAGCCACACUCGCAGUAGAGGAAUGAGUGACGAAGAUAAAAGGGCCAUGCUCCUGAAACUGUUUCCCGGCAGUUACCGAGGUUUCGCUAGGCCCUCAAUAUUCCGUGCGCUGCCGCGUCCGGUUUUCUUACUCCUGCUUGUUCCAGGUACAGCGGGCAAGCAAGAGAAGCUCCCUCUGCGCCUUUUAUGUUUUCUGUUAUUUUCCUUUCUCUCUCCAGGGACUCAAAAGAAUAAAGAGGUAUUUUUUUUUUCACCAGCCACACACAAAUGGGACGAGGGUUUGAAAUGACCCUUACAAGUCGUCGUUUGACAAACCAUCACAUACAUGUGGACGCAAAAAGGGAGGGUUAUAAAUACGAUGUUGGGAUGGGCUGGAAAGACGUUCUUGGGUGUUUGAUUGGGACACCUGGUCAGCCUGUGUGUCUUAUUUCAGUAUGUAGCUUUCAGUCUUGUUUGUGAAACCAGUUUCCUUGUGUAUGUUAUUUAACUUGUCCAAUAAAGCUGUUUGUCUUUACGUACAAAACACCA